AGCUCUACAGCUCACAUCCACACAUGGCUCCUACAAUCACUGCAGCAAUGGGCCCCUCUCAGGAGUACCUCAGUGUCUCUCACAAGCUGAGAAAGCCUGUGGUGGAGAAGCUGCGCAGAGAGAGGAUCAACAGCAGCAUUGAGCAGCUCAAGUCUCUCCUGUGUGCAGAGUUCCUCCAACAACAGCCAGACUCCAAGCUGGAGAAAGCAGACAUCCUGGAGAUGGCCGUCAUUGUGCUCACACGUCUGCAGCAGCAGAAUGGAGCUGUGGGCCAGGGCUACUCCAGAUGUGCCCAGGAGAUGACGCAUUUCAUGUCCAAGGAGAAUCUAAACAGUCAGUCCCAGGGACUUCUGCUACUGUCUUCUACAGAGAGAACUCUCAGCACAGUCCACAGCUGUAGCAAAGACAGGAGUCAAGAGAGAAGUGUCAUCUGGAGGCCGUGGUAGAGCCUGGAUAUGGAUCUUAA